AAACAACGUGGGUCUCGUCUGUAUAAAUAAGUUGAGAAAAAUACAGCUGAUUAAAUAAAUGAUAUAAUGGGACCAGUAGAUGCCGAAAAUGACCCGCUAGUUGCAGAAAUUCCAGUGUAUUUGGCAAAGACUCUAACAGAGCAGCUGUAUAUUCUUCAAUAUCCUGUACGUCCUCGUUCACACACUUAUGAUGACUCAUCCAUCCUUAAGACCAAAAUCCGUCCUCGUAGUGGACAGAUGGAGAUGGAGUUGGGGCUGCAGACUAGAGGACCCACUUUUGAUAGAAGUAAAGGGGAACAAAUUGCGCUUAAUGUUGAUGGCGCUUUCAGGGACAAGCGUGAUUCUGAAGACAAUUACUACAAGAGCAAUGUGAUGGAUAAAUUGGUACUGACAUCAACCAAGGCUUUAAGUGAUGUUAGCCGCUAUGCUGUGGGUGUGAUGAGAGAAAACAGCCUUCACCUUACCCCAGUAGCAUCUGUUCUUGCCCUCAGACCUUGCUUUUCCUACUUAGAUCAGGCAGACAAACGCGGAAAACAGGAACGCAAAGAAAUGAUGGGCGAAGGCGAAGACUCAGAAGAAGAGGAGAAAGCUCGGAAAGUCACGGUUCAAUUUGAAAAGCCAGAAACAGAGAAAAGUCGUAAAGCCAAGGAAAAAAGUUAUGGAUUUCUUCUCAGGCAAAUUCGGGAGGAGCCCUGGGUUGAUGUAACCUACCAUAAAUAUGGAAGUGAGCGCAGUGAAUUUGAGAUGAGGAAGUUGUACUGCAUGUAUGAAGACGAACGCAUAGACCAAUUUAAUCUAGACCCCAAUGAGUACCUGAAGCAGUUAGUUCCCCCUACAGAGGAGGUCCAGUCGGUUACUCCCGGACUGCCCUCUCACCUUAUGUCUCGCUCAGCCCUGUCUUCUCUUCCUCUGCAUGACCGUGUGAAGAUAGUUAUGAUGAAUGCUGGUGUUGCAUCCUUUACGGAACUCCUGGGGGUCUUAGGAUGUGGCACAGCUUCUGAGACAGCGCUGUCUGUGCUGAAGGUGUUGCAACAAGUGGCAGUCCUUGUGCAGGGCAACUGGGUAGUGAAGUCAGACAUCUUGUACCCAAAAGAUGGCAAGUCUGAGUCUGGGGUGGUCAAUGAGCUCAUUCAGCGAGGACGAGAUUAUGUGCUGUAUCUCUUCACAAAGAACUCAACUUUAUUGCGUAAUGAAAUAACAGAGCUGAUUAAACUGCCAAGCAAUGAUAUAAAGGAAAUUUUACGUGGGGUGGCUCGGUACCGGGCAUCUCGUACAAUUUGGGAAUUUUUACUCCAAACAGACAAAACAUUCUUAAAAAAGUACCCUGAUGUUGUUCAGAGACAGCAGAUGAUUUGGCAGUCAAGAAAUGAACAGUUGUCACAUGUUUUCAAAGAGAAGCAAAUCAAACAAGAGGAUGGUGGAAAAGCCUCUACUUCCUCCAGUUCCCUGAAGAAGGCUCGAGGGAACAGAGGCAAGAUGGACACUGCUGAAGAUCAAUCCGAUUCACAGAGCAAACCAGCUAAACUCCGAAAGUGACAAAGUGAUUCAGGCCAGUGUUAGGUCUAAAAUUCAUAGGGCACUCCUUAAAAACUUUGUCUAUAUAUAUAUAUGUGUAUAAAGGAAACUUCUUUGGUAAAGUUAUGAUACAGAAUAUGACGAAAGAUUAUGUAUUAAGAUUAAAUAUAUUGAAUGGAUUUUUUUUCCAUAUAGUAAGGAAUGUUUUAUGUACCAAGGUAAAGUGUCAAACAGAAUAUAGUCUUAAUUUCCAAUUUGCACUUUGUCAAACCUAAACUGAGUUGUAGGUAAUAAAAUGCUCUUUUAU